GACCCACCAUUCCCACCAAUCCGUCCUCCCCAUUCCGCCCCACUCCCCCCAUCCCCCCGACACCGGCGCAUCCUCCUCUCCCUCCCCGCCUCUGCCCCGAACCCGCGCGGGCGCCGCCGCGCCCCCGCGCCCCGGGCCCGAUUGCUCCCUCCUCGUGGUGGGCGCCGCUCCGAUCCGCCCGAUCCGCGCUGCUCCUGAGGCUCCGGCGGCGAGCGGAGGCGAGCGCUGGCGGCGGCGGGGCGGCGAUGGACUCCGAGGACGACAUGCACGACGCCAACGACUCAGCGGACGACGACUUCUACAGCGGCGGGGAGGCUGGGCUUGCCGCCAGCGAUGACGGCGACGCCGACUACGACUUCGCCGACCACGACUCCGACGACUCUCCCGAGCUCCUCUCUCACCGGCAGCAGCAAAAUUACUGCAUAUUGAGUGAAGCUGGUAUAAAGCAGCGGCAAGAGGAUGACAUAAAUAGGGUUUCAACUGUUCUCUCAAUUUCAAAGUCGGAAGCAUGUGCUCUUCUUCGCAGCUAUAACUGGAGUGUUAGUAAGGUGCAUGAUGAAUGGUUCGUUGAUGAAGAACGUGUUCGCAAGGUUGUUGGUUUUCCGGAGAAGCGCAUUGAAAUGCCAAAUGACAGAGAACUGGCAUGCGGAAUUUGUUUCGAAAAUUGCCCCUAUGCAUCAAUGAGUGCUGCCGCAUGUGGACAUCCUUUCUGUAGUGUAUGCUGGAGAGGUUACAUUAGCACUGCUAUAAAUGAUGGUCCAGGAUGUCUGAUGUUGAGAUGUCCUGAUCCGUCCUGUGCUGCCGCAGUUGGACAAGAUAUGAUUAAUUCGCUGGCUAAUGAGGAGGAUAAGGAAAAGUAUGGGCGAUAUCUUCGCAGAUCUUACAUCGAGGAUAAUCGAAAGACAAAGUGGUGUCCUGCUCCUGGAUGUGAAUAUGCAGUAGAAUUUGUCGUGGGCAGUGGCAGCUAUGAUGUUAAUUGCAAUUGUUCAUAUGGGUUCUGUUGGAAUUGCACUGAGGAAGCUCAUCGUCCAGUAGACUGUGCCACUGUUUCAAAGUGGAUCCUCAAGAACAGCGCAGAGUCUGAGAAUAUGAAUUGGAUACUGGCUAACUCAAAGCCUUGCCCUAAGUGCAAGCGGCCUAUUGAGAAAAACCAGGGAUGCAUGCAUAUCACAUGCACACCUCCAUGUAAAUUUGAGUUUUGCUGGCUGUGCCUUGGUUCAUGGUCGGAGCAUGGAGAGAGGACCGGUGGAUUUUAUGCUUGUAACCGUUAUGAGGCAGCAAGACAAGAAGGAGCGUAUGAUGAAUCUGAAAGGAGAAGGGAAAUGGCGAAGAACUCCCUUGAGAGAUAUACACAUUAUUAUGAACGAUGGGCAGCUAAUCAGUCAUCAAGGCAAAAGGCAUUAGGAGACCUUCAGAGUCUGCAGAAUGACAAGCUUGAAAAGUUAAGUGAUAUACAAAGUCAACCAGAGUCACAGCUCAAGUUCAUCAUAGAGGCAUGGCUACAGAUUGUUGAGUGUAGGAGGGUAUUGAAGUGGACAUAUGCUUAUGGUUAUUACCUCCCAGAGCACGAACAUGCCAAAAGACAGUUUUUCGAAUAUCUGCAAGGCGAGGCUGAAUCAGGUUUGGAGCGGCUGCAUCAGUGUGCAGAGAAAGAACUUCAAAUAUACCUUGAAGCCGAGUCCCCCUCAAAAGAUUUCAAUGACUUCCGUACAAAGUUGGCUGGAUUAACUAGCGUGACUCGCAAUUAUUUUGAGAAUCUCGUCCGGGCACUGGAGACUGGAUUAAAUGACGUUGGACCUUCUACUAGCCAAAGCACGGGCAUCAAGAACACUACUUCUAAGAGCCUUGGUGGUAAGAGCAAGACUGGCAAGAACAGGGCAUCCGCUGCCGGCUCCAAAUCAGGCAGCUCCAGCCGUGGUGUGGACGAUAGCAACAUUUGGACGUGUGAUCAGUGUACAUAUGUAAACCCCAGAUCGGCCAAGGCCUGCCAGGCUUGUGACCACCAACACCGAUAGCACUAGUCAGUCCUUGUUUAACAUCUCAGCUCCGUCGAUCGAGAAGAAUCCUCUCACGUCAUACAGCUGUGGUACCCAACAUAUGCAAAAAUUGCAGUUGCUAAGGAUAUUUGGGGCUACUGGAGUGAGGAGGCAUUAGUAGAGUGCUGCAUACAAAGGGACGAGAUUUGUAUCUGCAUGUUUGUCCACUGACUGACUGCGCCCUGGCCUCGCGGCACCAUCCAGUUCGUUGUGUACAUAAACUAUAUCUGUAACUCUGUUUUGUUUCGUUGAUGUAGGGUGUACUAGGAGGUGUGUGCUCCACCAGAGAACAAGUUUUUUCUGUUGUAAUGCUGUUGUAAUCUUUCAAUAAUGCAUUGACAAUUUUAAGGA